UUUCUGAGCUUUUUGUUGUAAGAGGCGUCCGCCGCGUGCCCUCGCAACCGGAACACUGUAGACAAAAAUCAAAAAAAUAAGAAAAACAAAGAGGGAGAAAUGAGUAGCGGGAGCCGAGUUUUAUUCUGCAAAUCCCUUUUAUCUUCUAUCCCCUCACUCCCCGCAGCUUACCGAUUCAAUUCCUUGGCUUCUUCUUCCUCCGCAUCCGCCUCUAGGGUUUUCAAAAUGUCCGCUGACUCAUCAUCCACGUCAUCUCCUUCCGACACUUCCGCUUCCUCCGCCAUCGACUUUUUAUCUCUCUGUCACCGCCUCAAGACGACUAAGAGAGCUGGAUGGGUGAAAAGAGGGAUUCAGGAUCCGGAGUCAAUUGGAGAUCAUAUGUAUCGGAUGGGUCUUAUGGCUCUCAUUUCUUCCGAUAUGCCUGGCGUUAAUCGCGACAAGUGCAUCAAAAUGGCAAUUGUUCACGACAUUGCGGAAGCAAUUGUUGGGGACAUUACUCCUUCAGACGGAGUUCCAAAGGAGGAAAAGAGUCGUAGAGAGCAAGAAGCACUUGACCACAUGUGUAAACUGCUGGGUGGGGGGCCUAGAGCGAAAGAGAUACACGAGCUAUGGAGGGAGUAUGAAGAAGCUUCAAGUGAAGAAGCUAAGGUUGUUAAGGACUUUGACAAGGUGGAAAUGAUACUUCAAGCCUUGGAAUAUGAAACUGAUCAAGGGCGAAAUUUGGAGGAGUUUUUUCAGUCAACUGCAGGGAAAUUCCAAACUGAUGUGGGCAAGGCCUGGGCAGCAGAGAUAGCAUCAAGAAGAAAAACAAAAGAAUGAUAGUUUCACUGCAGGGAAGUUCAUUACAGGAAAGACCUUGGCAUCUGAACAAGUAUCAAGAAAAAGGAAGAGUACCAUAGUUUUGGCUUAACAUGCUGAAUCUACUUUACACUAAGCUGAAUUAAUCAGGGAUUCAAGGAAGGCUAAAACUUUGAAAGCAUAUGCCUGUUUGGCUUUUACCAUGUUAUGGGGGAUUCAUUAAUCGGAGAAUCUUUAAUGUACUUUUGGCAUAUUGUCAAUGCAACUGAGGCUACUAUUCGAUCAAUUUGAAGGUAUUACUAACAGCAAUAAAAAUAUUACAGUAGUUUCUUUUUCCA